AUGAGCGGGCCGCAGCCGCGGUUUCUUCCAGCCUACAAUAGCCUUACAGACAAACACUUGGCUGGGUACUUCAGCAAUGCCAGGAUAAGGCGACAUCUUCAGAGAUCAGGAUUGAUCUCAAGGAGUGGACGAAUAAUACCUGAGAAAGAAUACCAACUAAAUGCUAUGAGGAAGAAUCAACAGCGAUAUGUACAGGAGUGCCUGGCUCGUGCCAUAUUUCAUAAGGUCCUUGACAUGGAGCGUCAUCAUCAGCUGGAAAUGAAAAGGAGGCUUGAAAAUUCUGUGAGGAAGGAGAGGGUGCAGAAAAUCAAGGUGCAACAAUCCAAAAGAUCAGUGGAAGGUGCUAACCCUGUGCGCAUCCCACAUCCACCGCUUGGUCCAAGAAACUAUGGGCUCCAUCUUUCAGCAGCUGGAGAACGAGUUGGUCACUCACAGCUGAGGGCACGUGAACCUGUAGUUGGUUACAGCGAUGGACAUCCUUCUCAUCAGCACCGAGCCAAGGAACCUGCUUUUUCUAAGAGGUCUUCCUGUCGACCAAGCACAGCUCCAGGAAACAUGCCUCACCCAGUUCGCCUCCAGCCGCUUCACAUCUGUGCUGCCGUGGGAACUGUAUCAAAGGCUUCCAGCUCUAAACAGAAGUGCCAUGCACUUGGACAUGAUCAGCAGUUUGCCACUGGGGGAGAGAGGUCUGCCUUAAGACAUAUGAGUUCAGUGGAAUAUGUGACUGGUGUCUCCCCAUAUCAACUCCCCAUCAUUAGCAAUUAUGUGAUACCGGUGCCACCUCCCCCUCCGCAAAAAGGAGACAAGGGUGUAAAUGCAGUGAGAAACGGGAUGGCCAGAGCCAGGAGAUUUCGUCCCAUCACUGCACCAAAUGAUACAGAGCAACUUGUAACAAAGAAUUCCAGAGCACUCAGCAAGGCCUCGUUACGCAGCAACGUGUUUAUUACCAUGGUCUUCCUAGGAAAGAGUGUGCAUUUAUGUCACAAAGACACUUGUUACAGAGAUGAAAUCAAAGUCUACCAGCAGCACUGUGGAGGAGAAAACCUGUGUGUCUACAAAGGCAAGCUAUUGGAAGGAGAGACCUUCCAGUUUGUCUCAAAGAGGCACCAUGGUUUCCCAUUCAGCCUCACCUUUUUUCUCAAUGGGAUCCAAGUGGACAGGCUGAGCUGUUGCUGUGAGUACAAACAUCAGAAGCGCUCCAAGCUGGGAGGCAGACAUGGAUACUUCAUGUUUCUCAAUGUGGAGGGAGCAUCUCCUUGCUACAGGUGCAUUAUUGCAAUGGGUCUAGACAGAAAGCCAUCCCCUCCCAAGAGAAAGAUGGAGGAGGACCACGAGGAAAAGCAUGUGGAUUCCCAGGGAAAUGGAGUACACAGUGAGCCAAGUAAAAGCAAUGCUGAGCAGAAAUCAAGCAAAGAGUCAGUGUUAGUCAUCUUACCGAGCCAUGAAACAAGCGAGGAGACUACUAAUAACAAAAUGGAGACUGGACAGGAUCACAGAAAGGAAGAAAGGAAAAUAUCGUCUGAUGGUGAGAGUGAAGAUAGUCAUGAUGACAUCAGUAAAAAUGAGUAUGAUGAAGAUUUUGAAGCAGAUGAAGAUGAAGAGGGACAGGCUGGAGAUCAAAUGAACAGAAUGUCAAGGUCCUCCUCAGAUGAUGAAACCCAUGAUUUAGAUUGUGAAAAGAAGAGUAAAACCUCAGCACAGACCGUGCAGACCUCUGACAGCGAGGAGGGUGAAAGGGACAGAUAUUCUGACAGUGACUCCGAGGAUGAUAGGCAAGACAGGAGGCCUGCACACUCUCUGUCAUCCACCAGUACUCAGUAUAGCAGUGAGGAGGACUCUGGUGCUGAACCGAUGAAGGUCGCUGUUCAGGGCAAAGAGGACUGUCGUAUCAAAAGGACAUCUGAUAACACAGCACAUGCACAAAAUGGGGAUGAGAAUGGGGAGGAAAACCUGCUCAGAAGGGAGGAAAAUCGGGAAACUUUUGCACUGGAAAAAGAGGGAAUAAAUGAAGGAGAAAAGGCAAAAGAAGACUCAACAGCAAGGGAAGAUACUGGAAUUUUGCAUGGAAAUACAAUGGCCAUACAGCAUCAGAGUGCUGAAGCUGAUGAGGAACUCACACAGACUGAGUCAGUAGAAGGCAACAGAGGGGAAGAUGAGGAGAAGAAUACAAGUACCAGAGAGGAUGAUGGCAAGGAAAUUCUUCUAGUGCCUUUGGAAACCAGUAGGGUGGAGGUGGAGGAUGACAAUGAAGAGUCUCCUGGAAGUGAAGAGGGAGGUGCACCAGAUGGAGCUUCCUUGGCAGAAGGAACAAGAACACUUGAUGUGCCGAAGGCAGCUGAACAAGUGGUACAAGAAGGGCAGAUGGCAGGGGAGAGACGGGCUCUGGAGAAGGAAGACUUUGCUGCUGAGGGAGGAGAUGCUUGCACCGAGGAGGCACGAGAAGCAGCACAGCAUUGUGUGCCCAAGGAAGACACAGUGGUUGUGCUGCAGGUGGAGGAUCAGCUUGUGGGGGAGGAACCUGCGCCUGAAGACAGCACCAUGGCAGAGGAGAAUCCCAAAGGAAAGGGGACAGGGAAGGGAAUGGAGCCUGGCACAGAGGUGGCACCUGGGGAGCAGGAAGUUCUGAUGGAGGGGAUGGGGAGUGAGGCUGCUCUGGGAGAGCAGGCACCUGGGGCAGAGGGGCUGGCAGGGGCACUGCCGGGCAGGGAGGCAGAGGGGGCAGUGUCUGCGGGGCAGGAUGAGCCUGCGGCGGUCUCUGAGGCAGAGGAGGCUGUGGAGGCUGCAGGAGAGACUUCAGGGAAGGAGGCAGUGGGUGAGGUGGUGUCUGAGGCAGAGGAGGCUGUGGAGGCUGCAGGAGAGACUUCAGGGAAGGAGGCAGUGGGUGAGGUGUCUGAGGCAGAGGAGGCUGUAGAGGCUGUAGGAGAGACAGGGCCUUCAGGGAAGGAGGCAGUGGGUGAGGUGUCUGAGGCAGAGGAGGCUGUAGAGGCUGUAGGAGAGACUUCAGGGAAGGAGGCAGUGGGUGAGAUGGUGUCUGAGGCAGAGGAGGCUGUGGAGGCUGUAGGAGAGACAGGGCCUUCAGGGAAGGAGGCAAUUGGUGAGAUGGUGUCUGAGGCAGAGGAGGCCAUGGAGGAAGGAGGUUUUGCGGGGAAGGAUGUUGUGGUGGAUGCUGUGUCUGAGGGAGAGGAUGCUGUUGAGGAUGCCAACCUGGCAGAAGAAGGGAUUGCUGGGAGAGUUGGCCCCAAAGGAGAAGAGUCUGUAGAAGGAGAGGAGGCUGUGGUGAAGCCUGGGGCUCUCCUGGAAAUGUUAGGGGACAUAAAUGUUUGCAAAGGAGAAGCAAUACCUGAAGGAGAAGACUUUGUAAAGCCAAAUGAGUUUUCCCAACUGAAAACAUCAGGGGAGGAGCAGAUGGAUAUGAAGAAAGCUGCCACAGGAACAGCAAUAUCUGAGACUGGCAAGGCAGCAGAGGUAGAAGAGAGCUGUCUCCUGAGAGCUGAGGAUGCAGUGGUAGAGCCUGUGGAGCCUGGCACAGGUCCUGCGUUGCAAGUACCACCUGGACUGAAGGCACUGAAGGUGGAUGAUGGAGAUGAUCCCAUAAGUGAAGGAUCUCAGCUGGAGGAGAUCACAACACUGGAGGAAGGCUCAGCAGAAGCACUUUUGAGUGGAAACCCAUCUCUAGGCAGCAAAGCAGAGACAGAGAAGCGUGCUGGAGGGGUGAUGGGAGUGUCUGAGGAGAGAGCCAGAGCAGAGUCAGGAAGGGGAGAGGAGGCGCUGGGUGAGGCAGCAGGUCCAGGGGAGCUGUGGGCUGGGCAGGAGGGGCAUCAGGAGAGCGUGGAAGGGGGAGGAGGGGAGAGGGCUGCUGGUGAGGGGCUGCUGGGCCAAGCUGAGCUGCUGGCCCGGCCGCAGGGGCUGGGGGUGGGGGCCGUGGGGGGCGGCCGGGCAACGCAGGGGGCUGUGGCCGGGGCUGCAGUGCGGCUGCGGGACGCGGGGGGCAGCGGGGGCGAUGGCAGGGGGACAGCCCAGGGGAGGAGGGGGUCUGGGGGCGGUGGGGAAGGGCUGGCCCAUGGAGCAGCAGCCUGCAGGCAAGGGGGGAACUGGGAGGCGGUGCAGGGGUGUGAGGGAGCGGGGCCAUGGCCCGCAGAGGCCGGGGGCCAGGGCAGGGUAGAGCGGGAGUGGGACACAGCACCUCUGCUGUCCCCAGGGCAUGGAGAGCCCCGUGCAGCCACAGCCCUCAGGGAGCAACCGGGUGCUGAGGCCUCCUUGAGCAUCCCAGCACACGGGGAUGGGGCAGUGGGGCCAAGAGGGAGCGGGUGGGCAGGAGACGAGGGGCCUGGGACAGGGCCAGGGGCAGGCGAGGACGGGCUGCAGAGAGGGGCAGAGCAGAGAGUGCAAGUGGAGGGGGAACAGCCAGGCCCCAGUGGAAACGCAGGAGAGGCAGUGAGUGGCUCAGGGAGUGCCUGGAGCGCAGGGCUCAGCGAGCAGAGGAAGGACAGUCCUGUUGGAGGGAACCCAGCUGCCCACACAGCCUGGAGCAGCCGCAGCCCCUCUCAGGAUGUUGUGAACCCAGAUGCAGUUGUGCCCUCAGCUCAGCCUCAGGAUGAGGAAGAGACUCUCCCCUGAGCUGACUCUGCAGCUCCUGCCGGGCCGUGUCCCACAGCGUUUACACAGUUGCUGCAGAUUUGUGCUGGUUGGGAUCUCCGCUCCUUUGUUUUACUCCACAAGUGUCUGCCACAGCCACCAGCGAAGCCCUGCCCCAGCUGACCCUCAGUGGCAUGGAGAAGUGUCCAUCCUGUGCAGUAUUUGCUGAGAGGCACAUAUUUGAUGUGAGCAGCUCACAGUGCUCUUUUCCUUUUGACCAGGGAAUGUCUAUAAAAUCACAA